GGGAGGGAGGGAGGGAAGAAGGGGGAGGAAAACACUGAAAGGGUAGCUAUGGAGAUGGAGCGUUUUCCUGGCUGCUUUCUUUGACAGGUGUUGAGUGGGGCAAAAGUCUUAAAACAGAAUCCAGCAUGUACGCCAAAGGUAAAGGAGCCGUGGUCCCUUCCGACAGCCAAGCGCGAGAAAAGUUAGCUUUAUACGUGUAUGAGUAUUUGCUUCAUGUUGGCGCACAGAAAUCGGCACAGACCUUCCUAUCAGAGAUCCGAUGGGAGAAGAACAUCACACUCGGGGAACCUCCUGGAUUUUUACACUCGUGGUGGUGCGUAUUCUGGGAUCUGUACUGCGCCGCCCCGGACAGGAGGGAGACAUGCGAACAUUCCAGCGAGGCCAAGGCCUUCCAUGAUUAUAGCGCGGCCGCCGCCCCCAGCCCAGUGAUGGGCAACAUGCCGCCCAACGACGGCAUGCCGGGAGGACCCAUGCCCCCGGGAUUUUUCCAAGGUCCCCCAGGAUCUCAGCCUUCUCCUCAUACGCAGCCUCCCCCACACAACCCCAGCAAUCCCAUGAUGGGCCCUCACGGACAGCCAUUUAUGUCGCCGCGGUACCCAGGUGGUCCUAGACCCGCACUCCGCAUGCCAAACCAACCACCAGGGAGCAUCCCGGGAUCACAACCUCUCCUGCCAAACAGCUUGGACCCCACCAGACCCCAAGGACAUCCAAACAUGGGCGGUCCAAUGAGAAUGAAUCCUCCUCGAGGAAUGGGAGCAAUGGGGCCACAGAAUUACGGUGGAGGAAUGAGGCCUCCUCCCAACUCCAUGGGGCCAGGCAUGCCUGGCAUGAACAUGGGUCCUGGCGGAAGAGGCCCAUGGCCGAACCCCAACAAUAACUCGAUAGCUUAUUCAUCUUCAUCUCCGGGCAACUACGUGGGUCCCCCGGGGGGAGGAGGACCACCAGGAACCCCCAUCAUGCCAAGUCCAGGAGAUUCAACAAACUCGAGCGAAAACAUUUACACGAUGAUGAACCCCAUCGGCCCUGGUGGGAACAGACCUAAUUUCCCAAUGGGACCGGGGCCAGACGGGCCCAUGGGUGGCAUGGGGGCCAUGGAACAGCACCAUAUGAACGGCUCUCUAGGCUCUGGUGACAUGGACGGGUUGCCAAAGAAUUCUCCCAACAACAUGGCAGGCAUGAACAAUCCCCCCGGCACUCCGCGGGAUGACGGCGAGAUGGCAGGCAACUUUUUAAACCCAUUCCAAAGUGAAAGUUAUUCACCCAACAUGACGAUGAGUGUGUGAUUCGUUUUUUUUUUAUUUUACUUUUUCAUCUCCCUCUUACCCUCUCCCCCCUCACCCACGGUGCGUCUUGCAUUGCCCUCUUCCCCUUUUCCUCCCUCGUCCGUGUGGAUCGGCCGGCGCGCAGCCCCUCGGGAUGCCCAUGGACAGCAGGACCCCCCUCAAGGGCCCCCAUCCCAACGUCUGUAAAAUGGGCGUAAGAACAUGAGACUUUCUUCCUCGCCUGCUGCGACCACUCUCCCCCCUGAUCGCUCCUCGUCAUGAGCCUUGGAGCACCCCCACCCCCCAAAAAAAAAAAAAAAUCGCCCCCAGCCCAUUCAACCAGUCAUGAAGCUCAGCAAUGGCACAGCCCCCCCAAAAAUCUUUUGUGAAAUCUUGACAUGUUCUGCUGCAUUCAAGACCCAUUGGGAAAUAUGCCAGUCAGCACUCAGAUGGUUUCGAUUGAAAAAUUACACAAAAAUACUAGGCCAGUAUUUGUUUUAUUUUUGUUGUUUUUGAAAAAUAAAUACUAUCUAUAUACAUGUACAUACAUCAUGUGUACAUACCGGUACAAAGAUACUUGAUGUACCGUGGCUAUAAAAAGCCCACUAGAACAUCGCAACAUUAUUUGGGGUUCAUCAGGCGCCCUUUAAAUGGUAGCAGGUGUGUACUGACUCUCAUUUAAUGUGGUUUUCAAUUUGACUGCUUCGUUCUGAACACAGCCACAUCCUAGUCACGAGGGUGUGCACACUUAUGCAACCUAUCAUCUCAGUUCUUUAACUUGACUAUUCUGUUUUGAAAGGUUAAAAUAAAUCAAUAACACCCGAUGGACAUGAUUCAAUAAAUUGAUUUUUUUUCUUUCAGGCUCAUGUUUUUAAAAAUCACAAACACCAUUUGGACAAGGGUGUGUAGACUUUUUAUAUGCACGGUACAUCGUGAUGUCCGCCAAGUCCGUAAGUAGCAACUCUGAACUAAAGCAGCUUAAUCCAGUAUGAGGUCAUAUAAAUUUCAGGUUUGUAGAAUACAGCAUAUCUUCAAAUCAGCCAUUCCUCCACUAACAGAUUUGUGUAAAUAUUUAACCUGCAUUGUUCUUUUUAUUCAUUGAUGCAUACAAUUGUGCCUGUAAAUCCCUAAAAUGUAUUUUCCAUGCCCUCAAAUCCUUUUUUUUUUUUAUGUCGUUUAAUCUCGCCUAUUUUUUAAUUCAAUUUUGCCCAUUGAUAUGAAGGAGUGUUAGCGCCACUCUGUAAAAAAAAAAGAAAAAAGUGAGGAUUUAACAAAAAUUUAAUUAUUUUAAGAGAUGAAAUAAAGUUGGAAUAACAUGAGAGAUAAGUUCAAACGUAUGACUGAAAUUUUAAUUUUACAAGGCCUUAAUAUGUUCCCAGAAUCUAUGUAACAUGAUUCCUCUUGUACAUUUGGCCCAAUUUUUAAGGGAUAAAAAAAAAAAAUGAUAUUAUAACGUAUGUGCUGGGUGGAUAUCCAAGAUUUAGCUCCCAGAGGAAGCCAGUGGGGGGAGACACUCGCCGGUCAACAUAAUGACACCCAACCUUCCCUUUCUUCCCUCGAGUGUCAUCCCCCUUAUUAUUUUUUUGUUCCCGUUUUUGUAAAUACUGUACAAUGCAUUUUGAUAUCAUGGACAUGUUUUGAUAUGUCAGUCACUACCGAUGAGUACAGCUGAGAGUAAAUUAUUAAUGAAACUGUCCAUGUUUUCUUUCAUAGAGGAGAAAGGACGCCCGUUGACUAUUUGGCUCAUAUGUGACUAAAUUUCCAAAACAAAACGUUCUAGGACACAGCAAUGACUAGAAGUUCUAAUUCAAACCUGACCUCAUGUUGCAAUUUUUAAUAUGAAGGAUUUUUCAUUUUGAGCCGGUUCAAACAGGAGUUUGUUUUGAAAUGAACAUGAGGUGAUAAAAAAAGAAGAAAAAAAACGGUGUUCUUUGCUAUGGAGUCCUGUAUAGACACUCUCUCAGUCCUCUGUGUAUAUGGAUCAUCUCUGUACUUCUAUUGUGAUGUAUAAUACUGUACCAUUAGGAGUAAGAUCUGCUGGUCAUGUUGAGUGUGGGAGGGGGCGGGGGUAUCAUGGGAAAGGGGGGGGGGGACAUAAUGGAUUCUCCUGCAGUGUUCAAUAUGAAGCAGUCUGUCUCCUGGUUUGCUUUGUAUUUCAUGCUAGGAUAGUUGGGAAUCUUGUCUUAGGGCCGUAGAUGUCUUGUGUAGGUAAUAAAGAUGUUCUUUGUAUGUUUCUUUAUAUUGUAAAGUUUCUUUAGACUGAAAGGAGGAGGGAAAAAAACAAGAUCAUUUGCUUAUCAGAAAGAAGAAACAAUGUAUCAAUAAUAAAUGUCAUUUGAUUUUU